UUGGCAGAAAGAUGCUCCUCACCCUCUCGGUUUGCACGAGAGCUCUGAACACUGAUUUCGCCUGAACGAACUGGAACCAGGUGGAGGCUCUUGAGGGUGGCAGGGAUAAUACGGAUUUUUCUUAUUUAAGCCUCGUGGAUACAUAAAUAUGUCGUGUUUGUCUAUAGAAUUAAAGAAGUCAAUGUCGGAUUCAGAUAAAUCGUUGAAGAGCUACGGCGCCGUGCAAGACACCGAAUGGAGCACGGAGAAAGACUCGGGGGACGUGUGCAUGGCAGAGAGCAGCAUGUCUCCUGACCAGAUUGAGAUGGAGAUGGCACGAAUCCAACGCCUGCGCGAGGUCCUGGUGCGGCGAGAGUCUGAGCUGCGUUUCAUGAUGGACGAUAUCCAACUGUGUCAAGACAUCAUGAACCUGAAGCAAGAGUUGAGGAAGAUCGUGACAGUGCCAGAGGAGGAUAAGAGCAAGAAGCAGCGGCAGAGAGAGGAGGAGCUCCUCCAGAAGAUCAACAACCUGGUGCAGAAGAGGGACUUCCUGGUGGACGAUGCGGAGGUGGAGAGAUUACGGGAGCAAGAGGAGGAUAAGGAGAUGGCCGACUAUCUCAGGCUGAAGCUCACACCACAGGAGCGGCUCGCCAGCGUGGCAGAGGGUCCUCCCAAACCACAGACAACGGUGCUGGAGCGCCCACCCAACAAGCCAGACGCUGUGAAAAACAGCGUUGCCAUCAUCAAGGACUGCUGUGGGGCCACCCAGUGUACUAUCAUGUAA